AUGUCCGGGGCCUCCAAUGCCUCCCUGGCCCAGCGCAUUGUUCAUACGGAUCCGGCGAAGUACCGGCGUGCCGCCGCGCCCCAUGGCGGUGCGGGAGAGAUCGACAUCAACGCGUUGCUGGGCGCGGACGCGCUGGACUCGAACCUCAUCUUUCUGCAUCGCGGAGUGAUCCGCCCCGGGUGCGGGAUUGGCGCACACUCCCACAACCGCUGCGAAGAGAUGACGUCGGUGUUGAAAGGCCCUGCCGGCGCGCCCACCCGGCUGGGCCAUUCGCACGGGAUCUUCAACGCCACGGACACGCCGGUACAGUGGCUGAACAUCAACGUCGGGCUGACCAAGACGUACGAUGCCUUUAAUCUCGGCGAUCCGCGGCUUGACGUGCCGAUCGAUCCCCGCCCGACGUUCAUGUCGAUGCGUCUAGACCCGACGUUGCUAAAGCCGGCGGAGAGCCUACACGGCGGAUCGGGGACGGCUCAGUAUCGCCGCGUCCUCCAGCCCAGCGUCUUCAACACGGCCUGGUCCUACGUCGACCACCUGGUCCUCCCGCCGGGGACAGUCGCGGGGGCGAACCAGCACCCAGACAUGAGCGAGGUGUACUAUGUGUAG